AACCGGAAUUAAUUAAAUAGCUAAACCAACGAUAAGAACAAUCCUUCCAAGCACUCUCACACAUCUCAGAGGAACGAAAAUGAAGUCGUUAGCUUCGCCGCCAUCCCUCCGCCUAACUCCGACGACACGUCAUCAUCUCCCUUCUCGUCAAUCGUCAAUAGUCUCUUGUGUAAUCAAAUCUAAUAGCUUAUCGUUCUCUUCAUCCGCAUCUGGUUUCGCGUCACCACUCGCUGUAGAGAAGGAGCUACGCUUACAGACGGCUGCUGUUCGCCACGUCACUGGGUCACUUAUCAGAGGAGAAGGUCUUAGAUUCGCCAUCGUUGUUGCUCGUUUCAAUGAGGUUGUGACGAAGUUGCUAUUGGAAGGAGCUAUUGAGACUUUCAAGAAGUACUCUGUUAGAGAAGAAGACAUCGAGGUUAUAUGGGUUCCUGGCAGCUUUGAGAUAGGUGUUGUUGCGCAAAACCUUGGGAAGUCAGGAAAAUUCAAUGCCGUUUUAUGUAUCGGUGCUGUGAUAAGAGGAGAUACUACUCAUUAUGAUGCUGUUGCCAACUCUGCUGCAUCUGGAGUACUCUCUGCUGGCAUCAAUUCAGGUGUUCCAUGCAUAUUUGGUGUACUGACAUGCGAGGACAUGGACCAGGCUCUGAAUCGAUCCGGUGGCAAAGCUGGAAACAAGGGAGCUGAAACUGCUUUGACGGCGCUCGAGAUGGCGUCCUUGUUUGAGCACCACCUGAAAUAGGGAGCUACUCGUUCCAUGGAUGAACUUGUUGGUUACAAUCCAAUCUCCGACACUUGUACCUGAAAAGAUUUGUCAAAAUGUUUUCUUUUAUUACCUCAGUGAAAAAUAUUUAAACGCUUUUUUUUGUAAGCUUCGUGUCUUGUUUUUGAAUGAUUGAAUCGUGUGUAAUAAUAAAUAGUUCCUCUGGAUUUUAGGGGACGAGUGGGUUACUCAGCACCAAUCGAAAAUAUGAUUCUCA